AUGUUAAAAUUGCCCGUCUAUCCAAAAAACAUCGAAGAAAUGAAGAUUGUCCGUUGCUGGAUGGAAAAACUAUUUCUUUGUUAUUUUGAUCAUGCAGAAUUUACGGAUUAUUUUUUCAAUCCGGAAAUGAUCAAAAUACUUUUUGGAAAUGAAAAAAAUAUUCCAACCCAAUUUCGUUCAGAACGAGUCGAAAUAGUUUAUUGCAACGUUAAUAUCAAAAAUGUAUUAAGAUUUACUUUGGAUCAUUUAAUUACUAAUCAACUUAGAAUAUUCUUUGCAUCAUUCGACAAAAAAGAAAAAUGCAACAAAUAUUUAUUAGAUUUGUUGAAUAAUGGAGGCAAGAAUAUUGUUUCAAUUUGGAUUAGUCUAGAGACGCGAAAAUUGCUAAAUAUGAUUCUAAUGGUAAAAAGUUAACUUAUCGCAAUUGUAAAAUUGAGUUGUUCCUUCCUUAAACGGAAGAAAACAACGGGGGGAUUUAAUUCUUUUAAAAGUCAGUCUAUCAGUUUUUAAUUAAUUAUUAACAAAACGUAGGGAAAUAGACAAGAAGUUAAUGAGAUUAUAAAGGAUUAAGAGGGAUAUCUGGGGAUUCUGAAGGAAUAAAGUGAACAUUAAAGGACUUGUGUGUGGAGACGAGGGAUCAAGAAGAUAUUGUUGGAUUUGGAGAGAUAUCGAGGGAUAUAAGGCGAUUUUAAGCGAUUAAUGUGAAUAUCAGUGGAUUAAGGUGGAUAUCGAGAUAUUUAGCGUGAGAUGAGGUAUAUGUGGAUUUAGGGAUUCAACGGAUUUUAGAAAUUAUGAGAGAUAUCAAGGGAUUUUUGGGGAUUAGGAGGGACAUCAAGUGAGUCGAGUACAUUGCCACUCUCAGGGUUGAUCUCUGUCUCGGUUUCUACUCUAAGUUUUUUAACUCCCGACCAUCGCUACUGCUUAGGACUACGUCCUCAAUCUUUUGCCUCCCAAAAAGUGAUUCUUUAGCAUUUGGACACAUGACACACUUAAAAAAUAAUUUCAAACUUUUAGCACAUCAUG